AUGGUUUCUCAAGACCAAAGUAAGUACUCUGGCUCCAAAAAAAAUGGAGGUAAGGAGCUUGGAAUGGUAACUCCUCAAGACAAGCCCUUGAAGAAGAUGAAGUUUGUUUCAUCUGCUGAGAAAGAACCAAGCAGCACGACAACAAUUUCUGAGGAUUCAAAGUCAGGUCGAGGUAUGAGCACAAUGCCUCGUGUUGUGAAGAGAAAAUUGCAGAAAAUCAAGCCAGUUGUUGAGUACAAUAAAAGGGGGAAAGGAUGUGGCCCUGCACAUACUGAGAUGCAGUCCUACAUUGGUGUGUUGGCACGCUCCAGAGUCCCACUUGUGGACAAGAAAUGGGCUGACAUCCCCAAUGAUAUAAAGGAGCAGAUUUGGGAAGCCGUUGACAUGGCUUUUGUGGUAGGUCAAGGGGGCAAGACCUCGGUGUUAUCUUCUGCUGCCAAGAAAUGGAAGGAUUUCAAGUCUACACUGACGAGGCAUUAUAUCCUUCCAUACAUCAAGGAGAGGGAGAAAUUAAGCCAACCCCCUGCAGUAUAUAAAUUCAUAGAGAAAGCAGAAUGGGAUGCCUUUGUAGCUUCAAGGUUAUCCAAAGACUUUGAGUCUGUGCAUUCUCAACAUGCACAGAUUAGGGAGAAACUUGAGUACAAUCAUCGAUUGUCUCGAAAAGGAUAUGCUGGUUUGGAGGAUCAAUUGGAGGAAACCAUGCCUGGGGUAGAAAUUGAUCGAUCUACCUUAUGGAAGAAAGCUAGACAGGACAAACAUGGUAACAUCCCGGAUCCAAAGGUGGCAGAGAAAGCAAAAUUAAUUGAUGACUUGCAAAAACAAGUGGCUGAAGGCAGUCUGAGUAUAACUGGCAGUAAUGAUGUGUUGACCUUGGCUUUGGGUCCCGAGCAUCCAGGGAGAGUAAGAGGGGUAGGUGCUGGGAUUUCCCCUAGGCAAUUCUUCAAUUUACCUAGACCACAAAGGGUGAAGUUUGCUGAUCAAUUGAAGGAAAGUGUAAGAAUUGUCCUUCAAGAAGAGACUAAGAAGAUGGAAGCUAGAACCAAACAAUUAGUAGAGGCUGAGAGGGAACAUUUACUAACAAAGUCCCAAAAUCCAAUGUCUGAUAAAGCAAGCUGUUCUGGGGCUGACGUGAGAUCCCUACAUUUAGAGGAUGAUACUGCCAGAAAUGGGGAACAGCAGAACAAACGAUAUUACACAGUUGCAGGCAUGGAAGAAAUUGGGGCUACUGUGGUUGCAGUAUAUAUGAGGUGCUUAUAUGAUCUUUUGAGAGAAGCAAAUAUGUGCAGCAUGGUUGGCUUUAUCGACCCUGCUCAAGUUAGUGCCAACGCUGGGUCACUAACUGACAGAUCACGAAUUGUAGCCAGUCGACUUCAGAAAACAGAUGGUGAACAGAUUUUCAUGAUGCCUUACAAUCCAGGCCGUCAUUGGGUCUUGCUGAUUGUGAGGGCAAAGAGGGAAACCGUCUAUUUUCUGGAUCCUCUGCCUGGAAAUCGUGUGGUGGAUGAGGAGGGCAAAACAUCGUGA